AUGGCUGGUCCAGAGGAGAUGGUGGAUGUGGCUGCAGGCGUGAAGCGGCCUACGACUGCUUCUUCUAUGGAUCUGGACAGUCUGCAGCGGAAGAAGUUCAAGACGGAUGAGCUGCCUUUGUCCGCGGCGCAGCAUUCGGCCAUUGAGCAUUUACUGCACGCGUUCAAGAAGAGGGGUGGGUUUGAUUCUAUAAGGAAGAAGAUAUGGUCUGAAUUCCAUGAUGGGGAAGGGAAGAUUGAGUUUACGAAACUGCUGAUCGAUCUUGCCGAAUCUGAAAUUGAUCGCGAACCCGGUCUUCUUUCUCGCGAACGUGGAAAGGCUGCAACCUUGAUCGAAGGUGCCGUUGAUCGAAGCGAUGUCUACAAAACUGUCGAACAUACCCUUGAUGCGCUAGCCGAGAAACACUUACCGGCUAUCCUUGAUUCCGUGCGCGAUAUCCGCCGCGAUGAAGUGGGCGAGGUGAUCGCCACGCAGGAGGAAACGGCAGGGAACAAGACCGAUGAGGACUACGCCGCUCAUGUGAAAGCGAAACGCGACGAGCGCGAAAAGGCCUGGCAGGAGGAGCUGCGCAAGCAAAAGGAGAUAGAAGAAGAGGAAGCGCGCAAAAAGGCGGAAGAGGACCGCAAGCGACGUGAGUUGGAACGCCAGAAAGAAGAAGAAGAGAGGGCCAGGAGGAGGGAGCGCGAGGAACAGCGCCGCGAAGAGCAGCGGAAGCUUGACGAGCAGAGAGAAAAGGAACGACAGGAACGCUACGAACGCCGCCGCCGUGAAGAGCGCGACAGAUAUCGCGAUUGGCGCGAUCGAAGCCGAACCCGAGACCGCGAUUCAGAUCGUGAUAGAGAUAGGGAUCGUUACCGUUACCGAGAUCGCUCACCAGGCUAUCGCUCUGACCGCGCCCAUUCCCCACGUUACCGCGACUCGCGCAAAGAGAAAUCGCCCACACCGAAGGAACCCACGCCUGCAGCUGCGCCAGCGGCACCCCCAGUGGACGAGAAGUCGUUGGAGGAGGCGGCGCUACAACUUCUACUAAAGGAGGGAGAAGAAUUGGCAGCCAAGGCGCGACAGAAGCCCGAGUUUGACUUUGAGGAAGCGGAGGCUAUCGAGAAUGGUCUUAAGCCGCCCCCGAAAGGACCCAAGGCUGACUCGAGAUUCUCCAACACUCCGACCAAGGCAGGUAGUCCGGCUGGCGAGGCCGACCCCAAUCGACGACGCGGAUCAACAGCAGACGAUCGCCCCCGGACGAAGAGGCGCGACGAGAGCCGCAGUCGCUCACGACGGAGAUUCUCCUCCCGAUUUGAUGAUGACCGCCCAGAGCGCUCGCGCGAUGUAUCCAGCCAGCCUCGCAAUCGCGACUCUGAUGACCGACUGGUCCUUCGCGAUUUCCGAGAUAACAGAUAUGAGACCGAGAUCGUGACCGUGACCGUGACCGCGACCAUGACUACCGCCGCGACCGCAGCCGUGAUCGAGACCGAGAUCGCCGGGACCGGGACCGAGACCGGGAUAGAGAUAGGGAUAGAGACCGCGACAGGCCUCGAGACCGUGACCGCGAUCGAGACGACUACCGCCGCCGCCGCAGCUACUACUCCCGGUCCCGCUCACGACCUCGAUACCGGUCCCGCACACGCUCCCGCUCCGUCCACCGUGACCGUGACCGAGACCGCGAUCACAACCGCGACCGCGACAGAGACGUCCGCGAUAGAGACAGAGAUAGAGACAGAGACGCCCGCCCCCGCGACACAACCGAACGGGAUCGAGAUCGAGGCCGAGACCGCGACCGAGACCGAGACCAAGGCCGACCCCACCCCCAAAGACGAGAAAUCCCCUCCCCCACCCACCCGCCGCGUAUCCGUGUCCUCACGACGACGAUCCCGCUCGCGCCGACGAUCGCGCAGUCGACGCCGCUCGCCGAGUCUCCUCGAUAUCGAUCGCUAUGUGCCGCCUACUAGUCGUCGGAGCCGGUCUCCUCGUCGGAGGGUGCGAUCGCCUGAACGAGCGGAGAAAGAUGAGCGGGAUAGACCGCGUUUUGUUGAGAUUGAUCGGUAUAUUCCUGGUGCUGCUGCUGCUGCUGCUGCUACUGCUACUGCUGGUAGUGGUGAACGUGAGCGUGAACGUGAUAGUGAGACUAACGGUAGGGAUAGGGAUAGGGAGAGAGAUAGAGAUAGAGAGAGAGACAGGGAGGGGGAUGACAGGAGGGCGAGACGGAGGAGUACAUUUAUUGCUACUAUGGACUAA